AUGGCUGCCCCGUUCCUCCUCGCCUUUCCCUCCCUCUCGCCAGAGGACUUCCAACACGCCUGUCGCGCCUUUCUGGCCCGUGUUCACGCGGUGGGCACCUCAACCGUAGGCUGGUCGUCCAUUCGGCUGACACACCCGGUAUAUCUUGCCCUCUCUCUUCUCCGUCAUGACCCAGUUGGUCCGGUUCUCAAGAUCUCGCGGAACAUUGACCAUGCCGGGAUGCGUCAAUGCGACACCGCAAGCCCCGUAGAUCCCGAGGACACGCAACUGGAGGCUACCGAGGACGAUCUUGAGGCCAUCGUUCGCCCGUCCGACUCCAGCGCCGCUCUACAGGUAGAUUAUGAGAUUCUCCUUUCUCCCACGUACCAAGUACCCGUUCUAUACUUUAUGCUGCGGCGGGGCAACCAGCCCGGUCCGAUGGAGAUAGACGCAGUCUACCAUUACCUCGUAGCGGACCAGUACAGAGAGGAGCUUCAAGCAGUCGGUGUCAUGGGCGGUAUUAGUCUUGGUUACCACCCACAGUCCAAUACCCCCAUUUUUUUCGUCCAUCCAUGCAACACGCCAGAUGCGAUGAGACAGAUCGCGGGGCAUCAGAACGUUACGCCCGAGGCAUAUCUCAUUAUCUGGUUUGGGUUGAUAGGCAAUCACCUUGGUCUCCAUUUGCCAAGUGAGCUCUUGAAGGAUAGAGAGCAAUGA